AUGUUUUCAAAUUAUGAAAGCUUAUGGAAGGCAUUCAUCAGACCAACCAGAUAAACUUAUUCCGAGUUUGAUUUAGGUCCUUCACGCCAGUAAUUCAAAGAAUAUAGAGCAUACAGACAAGAUAUAGAGUUAAAAAAUAGAGAUAACAAAAUUAUUAAGUGCUCUUUAUUUGAGCCACUACAUAUAAGCAAAAUAGUAUCAAACGAAGCACCAGGUGAUUCGAAUAGAUUUCCUUGCAUCAUUUAUUGCCAUGGAAAUAGUGGAUGUAGGCUAGAUGCUGUGCCUUAUCUAGAUCACUUUAUCUAAAGAGGUAUUGGUCUCUUCUGUUUCGAUUUUUAUGGUAGCGGAAUGAGCGAAGGAGAAUACGUAACAUUAGGAUUCAGAGAGCAAAAUGAUUUAGCAGACAUAGUCAAAUACUUAAGAGAUUAGCCAAAAAUAACAUCUUUAAGCUUAUUUGGAAGAAGUAUGGGAGCUGUCACUACUCUUCUUUAUGCUUCAACAGAUCAAGAUUUUGCUGCAUUGGUAUUAGAUAGUCCUUUUUCUAAUUUAAAAUAGCUGGCUUUGGAAGUCGCAGAUUAAAAAAUAUCUCUUCCAAACUUUAUAAUUGAAGGCUUAUUGAGUAUUGUUAACAAUUCAAUUUAAGAAAGAGCAGGAUUCAGGUUAGAUUAGCUCGAUCUAACAAAAAUAGUAGGAAAAAUAGAAAUUCCAGCUAUUUUUGUUACAUCUGCUGAAGAUAGAUUAGUUAAGUAGGAGCAUCCAAAAAAACUUUAAUCUCUUUACAAAGGUCCUUCUUAAAUUAAAAUGAUUACUGGUGAUCACAACGAAGAAAGAAAUGCCACUUAUAAAAAAUAAAUUGCUGAUUUUUUUGAAGAGCAAAUUUCUAAAUAUCUUCAAAAGAAAGUAUCUAGUGAAUAAAAAGAAAUUUAAUAGUAGGAUAUUUAAAAAUAUGAGCAAAUUAACAUGUUUCAACAAUAAUCUUCUACUGCGCGCUAAGAAAGAAGUGUAUCAAGCAAUUCUAUUCCUUUUAGCCAAAAUACAUUGUUGUAACAAAAUACGAAAUAUAUUGGAUCUUAAUAAAUUCAAUAAAACUAGAAUUAUAACACUGCAAAUACAUACAAUAGAUCAACUUCUGCUUUAGAUUUAAUUAAUAACCCAUAAUUCAAUGCAGCAUAGAGUUUUAAUGAUAACUACAAAGAUAACUAUUCAGGUAAUGAUAGUAAAUACCAAAAUAUUACAUAAUAAGCUUAAGAGUAACAAAAGAAAGAGCAGGCUAAUAAUCAACCUGCUUAUGUUACAAUAGACUUAUUUGAUAGGAAUGUGUCAAAUCGUUCUAAUGAAUAACCUAGUCAGAAGCCCAAUUAAGAUGCUCAAUAUCAGAAUUAGCAAUAACAAAGCUAAUAAAACGAUGGUAACAUUUCAGCUAGAAGUAUAAAAAGUUAUCAUUAGAAGAGUGUAUCAAUUAGCUCUAAAAUACCAGAUUACUAUACUUUAAGCAACUUGAAUAACAAUAAAUUAAUUGAUAACUCUUCAAGCAAUACACUAAGAUAGCAAGAAAUAAAUAGAAUUAAAGGUAAUGAGUAAAGACCUCAUUCUGAAGCAAGAUAUCAACAAACAAGUACAAAUAAUCAAUAGACUACAAUAUCAUAAUUAUCUAAUCAAUCAUAAUAAUAGCAAAGUAAUAACAACAACUUAGCUUUUAAUGUACAAAACUAUAUAUAAAAUGUCAGCUUUAAUUAAGCUGAAGGAAGAUAUGAAGUAUCUAACAAAUCUCGCCCUUUAAAUACUUAAAACAGCUCUUCUACUUCUACCCUUUGCAAAUAAACAACAAUUUAUACUAAUGAAAUAAACACUAAUUCAAAUACUGAUUUGUCUAAAUUAUUGUAUAUCAAUUAAAAUGACAUAUCUUCAAUAUAUCAAAACACCCAAUCAAGCACCGCUGGAGGAAAUAACACAAAUCAAUAAAAUAGCAACCAAGAUAGACAAGCUGUCAUCGACUCUAAAAAUAAAUUUGAUGAUUUUUAAAAUAAACAAUUUUUCAAAACAUACGAUAAUGUUAGAAAUUACAAAUCCAGUAAAUCUCCCACUAAAAAGAUCUCUCCUAAAAACGAGCGUAGUGAAAAUGGAAAAGUUAUUAGUGAAAAAUUAAUCAAACCAAACGAGUAUUCUUAGGGAGGAAAUAAAGUACACAGUAUUUCAAAUCUAAAUAUGGAUUCUUCUGAAAAAAAUAACUUAAAGUAAGGUCCGAAUAAUAACAGUUUAAAACAUACUUAUAAUUAAAUUAAAAAUAGCAACAAAAUAUCUGAGAAUAAUUUUGAAAAGAAUUUAGAAGAUAAUAUCAGAGCUCAUUCAAAAAAAUUGAUAUAUUAAAAAUAUUAAAAGAAGAGAGAGUUUAAUCCUUCUACACCUGAAAAUAGACAAAGCACUAUGCAAUCGGUAAACGAUGAAUUCUAAGAAUUUGAAGUAAUCAACUUCAGUUAGGAUCUGAAAGAUGACUCAACUCCAGGUUCUAAACCUAGAUCAAAUAGGAAUAAAGAAUAAUUUAGUCAUUUCAAAAAUUUUGCUUCAUAAGCUCAAAUAAAUCUUAAUAAUAAUUAAAAUUAAAACACAAAUGAGAAAUAACAAAAUAUGAAUGCUUAAAAUGAAAACAACUAAGUUAAAUCAGAAAAUCAACUUUCUUAUAAUUAAUUAAGUUUAAAUUUUCUUCCAAAACAAUAAACUUUAAAUAAUUUUGCAAAUUAACCUCAGUAUUUAUUGAAAUCUCCAAGAGUAGAAGAAAAAUAAGUAGAAUCUUUAGAUUAAAAUUAGAAAGAUAGAGUUGAGAGCAGUGAUGAAUAAUCUUCAGAUGAGGGGAUUGUUGAUAAAACUGUUGCUGAUAAAAAUAAAUUGAAUUGCAUUAUUGAAACAUUAGGAGAUAUCUCUAAUGUAGAGCUAGAUUAAGAGUUAGUAAAGAGAGUCUAGUUUAAUCAUAUUGAUGAAUGCUCACAGAAUUUUGGUUACGAAAAGAGCAGAGUUGCAGCUGCUUAUUCACAUAACACUACCUACAUUUAAAAUAAAACUGCAGAUGAUUUAUAUCAUAACCAAACAGCUAAUUCAUUCUCAAUUUCUUAAAAUUAACUACCUUCUUUUAAUGAUGCUCAAGGACAAACCUCAACUUUCAAUGAAUUUGGAAUGUCUCGUAAAAAGAAUGUUAUAUUAGAGCAAAUGAACACCUUGUUAGGUAAGCAAAAUGAAUUGUUAGGAAUAAAUAGUUACAACUAAAUUGACAAAAACUAAAAUAAGUAUGAAGGGGUUAAAGCUUGUGCAAGUGAAGAUAAUGAAAACAAAAAGCUUAUUGAAACAUUACUCAGUUAAAAUAGAAAUAAUUACAUAUCAAAUGACUCUAAUAAAACAACAAACUACAUUCCAAGUAUAUCAGCUGUAGAUUCUACCAGUCUCAUACAUACAGAAAAUGAUUAGAUUUCAACAAAUUAAAAAUUGCAAGAAUGUUAACAAAAUAAUAAAAAUUUAACCUCUUAAUAAUAAAUACAUGAAAAAGAAAUUUCAUAGCUUUACUAUUUACAAGGAAAGUCAAGACCUGAUUAAUAGAAUUUUGAAUUUUAAUCCUAGGAACCUAAAUCAGGGUUAUAAAUGUAGAAAAAUACAUCUUAAACACACAUUUCAAUUGAAAAACCCUUAUAAAAUUUAAAUAAUUAAGCCACUGUAUCGACUUAAAUUACCACAAGUAAUAGUAUUGCAAAUAUGAACAACAAAAAUAAUAACACUCAUAAUUCUUAAUCAAAUUUAUUGUCUAACAAUCCUUACAAUUUGGAUUUUGUAAAGCAAUAAUCUACUGAAAGUUAAUACAACUACAAGUACGAAGUACCUUCUACAAACAACAAUAAUACAACUACAAACAACAAUUAUAACAGUAAUUAAGAUAACUAUAAUAGCAAUUCAGCAAUAGAUAGCUCUUCUAAUGCUCAAAAAGACCUUAAUAAAAUUAAUUUUACUUCUUUCUCUAAUGAUCAAACUUUAUCUUUUCAAUCAACUUAAAUGACUAAUAAUAAUAAAAUAAUCACAGGUACUUAAACUCUAAGAAAUUCAAAAGUAGAAUAAACUGUAAAAGUUCCUAGAUACUAUUCUAGUCUUGAUCCAAGCCCAACUAAUUGUCUACAAAAUAAAAACCCAAAUAAUCCCCAAAUGUAAGAAUAUCCCUCUUUAGACGCAAAUAAACCUGAUGAAGUUAUAGAAGGUGGUGAUUCUCCAAAUACUAAAUAGUAAAAAGCUAUAAGAGGUUAUAGAGAUUCUUCAGUUCCUCUUCCUGCUAAAACAAGCUACUAAAAUGUUGAUUUCUAAACCUAAUAUAAUAUUUCAAAUACCUAAAAUAUUCUUUCUAACAAUAUCUUAGCUGGUUACAAUAUAAACAAUCAAAGUACUUCAAAUACAAACAAUGUUACUAAAAAUACUUCUUUAGCUUAGUAGUAUUCUUUACCUAUAUAGUAGCUUGCUUAAUUUCCUAAUGCAUCUUUUAAUAUUUAACAACAAUAAUAGCCAGCUAUUUAAACGCAAUAAUAUCACACUAGAUAAUAGAGUGCUCAUUUACCUCCUAAAUAUUAAAAUAAAGCUUAAAAUGUAGAUUCUAGUAAUUAAGCUGGUAAUGUGACGAAUAGAUAAUUAUAAUCUAAUUCAGCUCAUCAUAACCAUCAUCAACAUAGUAACUCUUAUGCUUAUUCUCUGAAUUCUAAUUAUAAUCCUAUUCUUAAUAACACGAUCAGCUAGUAUCAAACAAAUUCAACUGCACAAUAAAUCUACUAGACUUAACCAAACUCACUUUAAUAACCUUAAUAGUAAUAAAAUAAUCCUCAGAGUUCAAACAACUCGUUGCAUUCUAACUCUUCUUCAACUUCGAAUAUUUCUCUAGGAAAAAAUACUCAAAUUUAAAGUACUAGCAAUUACCACUAACAUAUUUAACAUAACAAGCCAUAAAGUGUUGAUUUUGGAAUCCUUUAAUAAAAUGUAACAUCAUAGAGCACAAAAAAUAAUUAGGUUUAGUAAAAAAACAAUCUUUUCAAAAUAAGACCAUAAAAUGCCUCAAUUGAUGCAGAUAUUUAAUACUAUUAGGACAUAAUAAAUGCAGUAAGAAAUCAAUAUACCUACACUAAUGAUAAAAACUCAACAGAAUAAAAUUAAAAUAAUACUUAAACGACUUAAAAUAACCUUACAGAAAAAAAUUAUGAAUAAUCAGAAGCUCUGUAAAAAGAGAAAUAUCCAAUAAUUGGCUCAAAUAAUGAUAACUUCUAAAGAAAAAAGCCAACUUAAAUAGAACUAGUAGAUAAAGAAUAAUAAUAAGCUUAUCUAGUUAAUUCACCUCUAAGUCAAAAAAAAUAAUAGCACGCUAUGGCUGAAUAGAUCACAAAUAGCAGAUCAAAUAUGCUUAAACUGCAAAUGAGUAAAUAAAUAAAUGACUAGCUCUUUAUUAUGGACAACACUUAGAAAUAGCAAUAGGACUCAAUUCUUUAAUUCAAGCCCUCAUCUUUUUAAAAUCAGUAUAGCUAAAACACUGAUCUAGCUGUAUCUCCUAUAAGACCCUAAGUCUCAACUAAGCCUUCUGAAAUUAAGUAAAUGCAAGGGAAUCAUUUUAAUAAUUUUGAUGUUUCAAGCUUCUAGGCCAAGACUAAUAAUUCAAAUUCUUAACAGAAUUUAUCCACAAAUACGUUGAAUAACUUACCAAACCUAGAAGUAAAGCAUAAAAAUUAACUAUAAAUUGCUCCUUAACAAUUAACUUCAUAGCAAAACAGCUCCACUGGAUAAACUGUUAUAUAUACAACUCCAAUAUAAAUAAAAAACUAACUACCAAAUAAUUAAUCUAUAUAGUGCUAAACUAACUUCUAAAAAUAAUAACAAUUUGUUUCCAUUAAUUAGCUUCUGAAAAAUCAAACUCACUCAAAUGAAGCUGGACAAAGCUAAAAUUCAACUGAACUAUAAUAAUAAUAAAGUUAAUAAUAAGCAUCAGGUAAAACGAAUCUAGGAUUGCCUCCUCAAUAUAAUUCAAAUUCAUCAGGUCAGUUAAAUAGCUAAUUUUCAUUUACACCUUCAUACUCAUAAAAAAUAACUAAUUAUUCAGGUAAUAACAGUACAACAGAUGUUUUGAGUAAAUUCAAACAUUUCACAGCAAAUAGUAGCUUAAGAAAUUCUAUAGAAAACUCAAAAAUAAAUUUAAACUUCUAAUAUUACCAAAAUUAACAGCAUAAAGAUCAGUAAAAUAAAAAUGAAUGA